GCCGCGAGCUAGGGCCGGCUCGGGCCUGGCCGUGGGUACCUUGGCCGUGGGGCGGCGCCCCCGCAUCUCCUGGACUUGGCGGAGGCCAAGUUACGGUCCCAUCUAUGGGGGACCCGCCUGCCCUGCACCAGAUGGAAGCUACAGCCCACCCCGUCCAACUGGCUCUGAAAGAGGAGGAAGAGGAGGAAGCGAUUGAGAGUCCUGCGGACAUGCAGAAAGUGCGCAUCUGCUCCGAGGGCGGUUGGGUGCCUGCCCUAUUUGACGAAGUCGCCAUCUACUUCUCUGAUGAUGAGUGGGAUGUCCUGACAGAGCCCCAAAAGGCCCUGUACCGAGAAGUCAUGAGGAUGAAUUACGAGACAGUCCUCUCCCUGGAUUUUCCAUUUCCCAAACCUGACGUGAUUGCCCGCCUGGAGGGGAAGGAGUGUCAGAGCCCAAUGGAGGGGCUCCUGCGUCAAGGAGCCUUUGCAGAAAACGAAGACUCUGACAUGAAGUCCCCCAACUGGGCCAGUCUCCCGAAAGUCCCCUCCCAGCACCUUCCCCCUCAACCACUGGACAGCUUGAACCUACACCUGCCCCGGGACCUGACAGAGCUACCCGAUUGGGGUGAGGGGUACCCCUUCUACAUGGCCAUGGGCUUUCCAGGCUAUGAGCUAUCUGCCGAAGAGCUGGCGAGCAAAUUUCAAUUCAGCCGGGGUAUGAGGCGAAGUUACGAUGCCGGCUUCAAGCUGAUGGUGGUGGAAUUUGCCGAGAGCACCAACAACUGCCAGGCAGCCAAGCAGUUUGGGGUGCUGGAGAAGAAUGUGAGGGACUGGCGCAAGGUGAAACCGCAACUACAGAAUGCACACGCCAUGCGGCGGGCCUUCCGGGGCCCCAAGAACGGCCGCUUCGCCCUGGUGGACCAGCGUGUGGCUGAGUAUGUGCGCUUCAUGCAAGCCAAAGGGGACCCCAUCACCCGUGAGGCCAUGCAGCUGAAGGCACUGGAGAUUGCACAGGAGAUGAAUAUCCCGGAGAAGGGCUUCAAGGCCAGCCUGGGCUGGUGCCGCCGCAUGAUGCGAAGGUACGACCUGUCACUGCGUCACAAGGUCCCUGUCCCCCAGCAGCUCCCUGAGGACUUGACCGACAAGCUGGUCGCUUACCAGCGCAGUGUCCUGGCCCUGAGGCGGCUGCACGACUACCAGGUGGGGCAGAUGGGCAACGCUGAUGAGACCCCCAUCUGCUUGGAGGUGCCGUCGAGGGUGACUGUUGACAACCAAGGGGAAAAACCGGUGCUGGUCAAGAUACCGGGCCGGGAAAAACUGAAGAUCACCGCCAUGCUUGGGGUGCUAGCCGAUGGGAGGAAGCUGCCCCCCUAUAUCAUCUUGCGGGGUACCUAUAUCCCACCAGGCAAGUUCCCCAGUGGCAUGGAGAUCCGCUGUCACCGCUAUGGGUGGAUGACAGAGGAUCUCAUGCAGGACUGGCUGGAGGUGGUGUGGCGCAGGCGAAUGGGGCCCCCUGCCAAGCAGAGGGGUCUCCUGAUCCUUAACGGCUUCCGGGGCCACACCACGGACUCUGUGAAGAGCGCCAUGGAGAACCUGAACACUGACAUGGUCAUCAUUCCUGGGGGGCUCACGUCCCAGCUACAGGUGCUGGACGUAGUGGUCUACAAGCCCCUCAAUGAUAGUGUGCGUGCCCAGUACUCCAACUGGCUCCUGGCGGGCAACCUGGCGCUCAGCCCUACGGGCAAUGCCAAGAAGCCGCCACUGGGUCUCUUUCUGGAGUGGGUCAUGGUGGCCUGGAAUAGCAUCUCCAGUGAGUCCAUUGUGCAGGGAUUUCAGAAGUGCCACAUCUCCAGCAACUUGGAAGAUGAGGAUGAUGUGCUUUGGGAGAUUGAGGGCGAGAUGCCAGGGGGCGGUGAACAGGCCCGAGAGUGUUACCCUGAGAGUCAGUGAUAUUGGCAGUGAGUAGAACUGAGUUCAGACAGGUGGAGAGGAAAGUCUAGAAGAGAUGUGGGUGCAAAGAGGAUCACUGGGCAGCAGGACAAGUCUGGCAUCACCCGUGUGCAGACAAGCCUUGGGGGGACACAGCCAAGCUGCCCUGAGCCCUGGGUGUUGGUAAAGUCUCAACUCCCUGUGAGACACGGAGGAUUCCAUCAGAAAUCGCUCCCUCUUCCUUUCACCCUUGGAACUUCUCUGUGUGCCCCCACAGAGAGUAUAAAUGGAAAUGAAGAAAGGAUUUCCCAGAGCUGCAGCACUCUGGGCUUUGUUCACAGCUCUCUUUCCGUGGAGAAAAACCAAGACUCUUCAGUGCUGUCUUUAAAAAUGCUUC